AUGUCAUUCGACGUCGGUCCUGCUUAUAACGUCUACAAGAUCGUCAUGGUCAGAUACCUGGUGGCGCUCGUGUUGCUGGUUUCCGUCGCCGCAGUCGUCGAUGCACAGUGGUGGGACUGCCGCUCCUCGCCUUGGGGCUGCUUCCGUCCUGUGCCAGUCUUUGGUGGCGGUGGUGGAUUUUGGAGUGGCUUAGGUUUGGGUAGGGGCAGGGGUGGAUUUGGUCGGGGGAGAGGUGGUUUUGGUGGUGGCAGAGGAGGCUUUGGUGGUGGGAGGGGCGGCUUUGGCGGUGGAAGAGGUGGUUUUGGUGGUGGGAGGGGUGGGUUCGGUGGUGGAAGAGGAGGCUUUGGGGGCGGCAGAGGCGGAGGAAUUGGAGGUUUCGGUGGAGGAAGAGGUGGAGGAUUUGGAGGUGGAUUUGCUGGAGGACGUGGUGGUGGUGGUGGCGGCGGUAGGGGAUAA